UAGUUACUGGGAGAAGGGCACCGCGGGAGCGGGAGGGGAGGGAAGAGAGGCGUCCACCCUCGGCCGGCCGCUGGAAGCAGGGUCUUUUCCGCCCUCUCCGGCCAUGAUGUUCCCCGGGCUCCUCGCGCCCCCCGCCGGGUAUCCGAGCCUCCUGCGGCCCACGCCCACCUUGACUCUGCCCCAGUCCCUGCAGUCGGCAUUUUCCGGCCACUCUAGCUUCCUAGUGGAGGAUCUGAUCCGCAUCAGCCGGCCCCCCGCCUACCUGCCCCGCAGCAUGCCCCCUGCCAGCCUGUCGCCCCCCAGGCAGGGGGCCCCCGCGGCGGCCACCGACUCCGGGACCACCGACCUAGGUUCCCCAGGUACCCCGGGCACGGGCAGCCGGCGCGGCAGCUCUCCGCAGACUGCCAUCUCCCCGGCCAGCGAGCCCACGUUUUUGAAGUUUGGGGUGAACGCCAUCCUCUCCUCCUCGACGCCCAGAACAGAAACGUCCCCCGCCUUACUCCAGAACCUCCCGCCCAAGACGUUCGCCUUUCCCUACUUUGAAGGCUCCUUCCAACCUUUCAUCAGAUCCUCGUAUUUCCCAGCGUCCUCCAGCGUCGUGCCCAUCCCGGGCACCUUCUCGUGGCCGCUGGCCGCCCGCGGGAAGCCGCGCCGCGGCAUGCUGCGCCGCGCCGUGUUCUCCGACGUGCAGCGCAAGGCGCUGGAGAAAAUGUUCCAGAAGCAGAAGUACAUCAGCAAGCCCGACCGCAAGAAGUUGGCGGCCAAGCUGGGCCUGAAGGACUCGCAGGUAAAGAUCUGGUUCCAGAACCGACGCAUGAAGUGGCGGAACUCCAAGGAGCGCGAACUCCUGUCCAGCGGAGGCUGCCGCGAGCAGACGCUGCCCACCAAACUCAAUCCGCAUCCGGACCUCAGCGACGUGGGCCAGAAGGGCCCCGCGGACGACGAGGACGACGAGGGGCGCCCCGGCAGCCCCCGGCCGCGCCUGGCCUUCCGCGCUUCCCCAGACCCCCGGCGCCCGCGCGAGCCCAGGCCUGCAGGGCCUCUGCGCGCCUCGCCCGCGCGCUCGGGCAGCCCCGGCAAACCUUCGGACUUCUCCGACUCGGAGGAGGAGGGCGAGGACGAGGAGGGCGAGGAGGAGGAGGAGAUCACCGUGUCCUAG